AUGUUUGUGAGGGUUCAACGUCACCGAGAACAAUAUCAACCCCCUGAAAGGAAAAUCACUAUCACCUGUCUGUGUCUGCUCGCGACUGCAAAUGUACCUAAAACAACUAAAAAAAGCAGGAUAUUUGUUAACCAAAGCCACAUCUACCAAGGUUCUUUUUUCCAUUCCUUGGAGAAAGGUCUGGCGGGGCAUCGGCAGCCGGACACAUUUGGCCAGACGCUAAAACAGAGCAAACGAGCCAAGAAACUCGCUUUGCCGGAGAAACGCAAUGAUGUUAGAAAACUCCGAGUAUCAGAAAGAACGAGCAGCGGCAGCAGCAGCAACAGCGGCAGCAGCAGCAGCAAUAGCGGCAGCAGCAGCAGCAGCGGCAGCAGCGGCAGCAGCAGCGGCGGCGACAGCAGUAGUGGUGGCGGCAGCAGCAGUGUUGAUAACAAGUAUGAGAGCAAUACAGCCAGUCAUUUCACGGAUAGCAAAAGUAAGCAAGAUAAAGUCAAUACCGACAGGGGUUUUGUUGAGGCGCCUGUUAAAACAAUUACAGAAGAGGCUAACGAUGACCAUGAGAAUGUUGAGGUUUCCACAGCUCAGCACCCAGUUGAUAACAACCCUCGUGCACCAGAUUUUAACGAGAACUCUGCCCUUGCGGAGGACGACUCAAAAGAAGACAAUGAAAAUUUCCAGUACGAAACCGACUUGCAAAGAACAUCUGUCGGCGAGAAGAACUUCUCAAAUGGCUUUCCAGUUCUACCGAUUAAGAAAGAGAAACCCGUUAGAGUUGCACAACGUCCAGAUCUUUCGGGAACACAGGAUGAGGAACACAUAUCGAUAAAACAGGAAUUGCAGGAUGACGAUCAACUAGCAGACACGCAGAUGGAUUCAGAAAAGAACGCUUCCGUAGAAUUGAUCAAAAUCCAUAAAUCGACUGGUAUCUCCCCUCAGAAUAAGGAGACAGAUCGAGAGGACAGAGACUGGGUUGGUGUUGGCCACGCAAAGCAGGUGGUAACAUCUGCCAGUAAAACUGUUCCCCAUAAAUCCUCAAAAGAAAUUCUUUCUUCAGUAAAUGGUCAAAACUUAAAGGAAAGUCACAAGAAGGGCAAGGAAGUUGGUUUACCUCUUCAGUUGCCAAUAUAUUCUCAUCGCAGACUCGUUCCCAGAAGGACGAAUCGUACCAAAGAGAUUCUUUCAAGCAAAAACAUCUCAUUACAAUCUGCAGCUAAGAACACAGCUAAUAUGGAAGACAAAGUCCACCGAACUCAUCAGCAGAUGUCUAAGGAACGUCGUUUGAUAAGCCAUCGACGUAAACCUGUAAUGAACAUUCCUAAAACAAAAGCGGCCGAAACCGUAACACAAAUGGCUAGCAAGGAUCAAGAUAGCAACAACGACGAGAAAGCGUUGAUGUCCCUUGUAUCUCAUCUCAACACGAACAGCAAACAACACAAACAGUAACCAUGCAAGACAUGAAAUGUCCGAAUACAAGAAUGAAUGAAUCAACAAACAUUCGCAUCCACACAAACACAUGUGCACGCGCGCAUUCACUCACACACCCGCGCACACACACAUCCUAAUAAUAGUUUCUGUCCAAAUUUUGCACAAGGCCACGAAUUUUUUUUUUUUUUUUUUUUUUUGGAGAGGAAUUAUAGUCGACUGAACUGAUUCCUAAUCAUUUACUGAUUGGCAUUUUAUUUUAUCGACUUCCACGCUCGAAAAGAUAAAAGCACAGCCCAAGCACUGAAAUUUAAAUUUCCUCACUCCAGGGACGAUGAAAUAUGUACCAGUGAAAUACUUAGAUUUUCAAGAGGUUGAAAAAAAUAAAGACACCAGUCAACAUGAGGCUUGGAUUUCAUACCUGCUCGAGAAAGAGAUCGAUAAAAUAGCAAUCAAGUCUUUUAUCUUGAUAUAAUAGAUUUUUCGCUUCCCACCAACCACCACGAAAAUGGAUAGCCUCGUAUUUAUGCAAGAAAUUGUUAUUAUUAUUAUUUGUAAAGAAUAAAAGUUUUGAAUGGUACAACAAUGCACAAUAAUACAGAUAAUGGGCUAUUUACCUGUUGAAAUUUAGUCAUCCAUAGUCUGAUAUGAUAU